AUGGGUAAAAAGAAUGACACAAACGUGUCUGACUUCAUCCUCAUGAGAUUGACAGACUCUGAAGAGAUGCAGCUGCUCCUCUUCAGUCUCUUUCUCCUGAUUUACCUGGUGACUGUGCUGGGGAAUGCAGGGAUGAUACUGCUAAUCCGCCUGGAUCUCCAGCUUCACACCCCCAUGUACUUUUUCCUCAGCCAUCUGUCCUUCCUUGAUCUUAGCUACUCAACAGUCAUUACCCCUAAAACCUUAGAGAACUUACUGACUUCCACAACACAUAUUUCAUUCGGGGGCUGCUUCACUCAGAUGUAUUUUUUUAUCUUUUUGGCUGCCGCUGAAUGUUUUCUUCUCUCGUCAAUGGCCUAUGAUCGCUAUGUAGCUAUUUGCAGCCCUCUGCAAUACCCAGUUGUUAUGUCCAGGACACUCUGCCACUCUCUCAUCACUGCAUCCUAUGCAAUUGGCUUUAUUGAUUCCAUUCUCAGUGUGCUUUCCAUGAACACUUUGCAUUUCUGUGACUCCAACGUAAUCCAUCACUUUUUCUGUGACAUUACCCCAGUUUCGGUCCUGUCCUGCACUGACACACAUGAUGUUGAGAUAAUAAUAUCCAUUCUUGCUGGCUCUACACUAAUAGUGUCUCUUAUCACAAUCUCUGUAUCCUAUGCAUCCAUUCUCUCCACUAUCCUGAAAAUCAAAUCCACAUCAGGAAAGAGAAAAGCCUUCUCUACCUGUGCCUCUCACCUCCUGGGAGUCUCCGUCUUCUAUGGUACCAUGAUUUUUACUUAUUUAAAGCCAAGUAAGUCCUACAAUUUGGGAAAGGACCAAGUGGCCUCUAUUUUUUAUACUAUUGUGAUCCCCAUGCUGAAUCCACUCAUUUAUAGUCUUAGGAACAAAGAAGUGAAAAAUGCUGUCAUUAGAGUGAUGCAGAAGAGAGAGAACACUGGAAAUUUAAGAUGA